AAUUAAUAUAUUUAUAUUAAUAGACUAUGGACUAUGAGUACAAAAACGCAGAGUUAAUCAUGUUUUAUUAAGAAAACAAAUCAUCCAUAGUAAAUUUUGCAAGUGUGUAAGACGUAAUUAAUUAUCUCAUUAACAUUGAACUACUAAUCUUCCAAGUUUUUGAUAAUAUUAGAAAACUAUUCUAGCAUUUUAAAUCACCUAGGUGAUUAGAUAAGACUACAUCUGACCAACGUGUUGUACAUUUAUUUUUGCACAAUUAUUAAAUCGCCGAAAUGGGAGACGUCGAUGGAAAUACUGUUUUAGCACAAUCACUUAAAAAACAAGGAAUUAAUUAUGUUUUUGGAAUCAUCGGAUAUCCAGUUAUUGAACUAAGUAUGGCACUACAAAUGGCAGAAAUUCAUUAUGUGGGUAUGAGAAAUGAACAAGCAGCUUGUUAUGCUGCCCAAGCUAUAGGUUACUUAACUGGGAACCCAGGAGCAGUUUUAGUAGUUUCAGGACCGGGAUUGCUGCAUACUUUUGGAGGAUUGGCAAAUGCUCAAAUAAAUUGCUGGCCGGUUCUGGUACUAGGUGGAUCUGCACCUCAGGAUCAUGAAGGAAUCGGUGGUUUCCAGGAAUGUAAUCAGGUAGAAUUAGCAAGACCAUAUUGCAAAUAUUCAGCGCGUCCACCAAGUAUACCUUUAAUACCUCUCCAUGUAGAAAAAGCUGUCAGAUUAUGUAAAACAGGACGACCCGGUGCAGCUUACCUUGAUUUUCCAGCUAACAUCUUAUCAGGUAAAGUAUCUGAAACACAAGUACCAGAUCAAUAUGGACCUAUGGAAAUCCCUCAGAUAUUCCCUGAUCCGGCACAAAUUGAAAAAGCGAUAUCUGUUCUAACUCAAGCAAAGAAUCCCUUGGUAAUCGUUGGGAAAGGUGCCGCUUAUUCUAGAGCCGAAAAAGAAGUGAGAGAUUUAGUCGAAUUAGCAAAUGUUCCAUUUUUAGCAACUCCGAUGGGAAAAGGUGUCGUACCUGAUACAUCACCAAAAUUUGUAGGAUCAGCCAGAUCAACUGCUUUACAACAAGCUGAUGUUAUACUUUUACUAGGAGCUAGAUUAAAUUGGAUUUUACAUUUCGGCAGACCCCCAAGGUUUUCACCUAAAGUCAAAAUAAUUCAGAUAGACUUAAAUGCUGAAGAAUUGCACAACAGUGUACAAGCUGAAGUAGCCAUACAGAGUGAUAUAAAAAAUGCGUUAACUACCUUAAACGAAGAAUUAAAAAGAAGGGGAUUCAAAUAUAACAAUAACAGUGAUUGGUGGAAUUUACUGAGAAAAAAGUGCCAAGACAAUCAAAGAUCCGUAAAGGCUAUGUGUGCAGAUGAAUCCGUACCGUUGAAUUAUUAUACAGUAUUUCACAAUUUAUUCAUCAAUUUACCAGAUGACUGCAUUAUUGUAAGUGAAGGAGCCAACACGAUGGAUAUAGGAAGGACUAUGUUAUUAAAUAACAAACCUAGACACCGUUUAGAUGCAGGAACGUUUGGCACAAUGGGAGUAGGUCCUGGGUUUGCUAUAGCUGCAGCAUUUUAUUGUAGACACAACCAUCCGAAUAAGAGAGUUGUAUGCGUAGAAGGAGACUCAGCUUUUGGUUUUUCGGGUAUGGAAAUUGAAACCAUGGUUAGAUAUAAACUACCAAUAAUAAUCGUUAUUGUCAACAAUUCCGGUAUCUAUUCCGGAAUGGAAUCUAGUGUAUUGAAUGAAAUUAGAAGUAGUGUAGGCAUCGAAGAUAUUGCCAAAGUUUCACCACCUGGUUGUCUUACAAGUGUGACUCGAUAUGAUAACAUGAUGAACUUAUUUGGAAGAACCGGAUUUUUUGUCAAUACAGUACCAGAACUCCAUGCUGCUGUCAAAGAAGCUUUUAAAAUCGUUGAUGGACCUACAAUAAUAAAUGUUAUUAUCGAUACAACAGCUGAUAGAAGACCCCAAGCAUUUCAUUGGCUUACUGAAUCAAAAUUGUAAAAAUUUCAUGGGUGUUAAUAUAUAUAAAUGAAUUAUUA